AUGUUUGCAAAUUUGUACAUACAAACUUAUACCAGAGCCAGUCCUUGGCUUGUUGGAGUAUUACUUGGAUUCAUAGUACUCAGGGGGCCAGAAAAACUGAGUAAGACUACAGUCUUCAUUGGAUGGUUGGUAGCAACAUUUUUCGUUCUAUUUUGCAUAGGUGCUUACUGCAUUUCAGCAGACACUCAUUAUGAACUAGAUAUAAUUUGGGAAACUACUUACGGUGCCAUAUCGAGACCAAUGUGGUCAAUUGCAAUCGCCUGGAUUAUUUUCACUGCCAUUCGAGGCUAUGGAGGUCUCGUGAACACCUUUCUGUCGCUUCCGAUCUUCUUUCCAAUAAGUAGAUUGUCUUUCUGUUUGUACCUAUGUCACCUGGGUGUAGAAGCAUUAAACAGUCAAACUGUUAGGAUGCCCACAUACUUCCGUACGUAUCACGUGAUGCUUGGAUCUAUUGAAGACAUUACGGUUUCUUUGAUGUUCGCCACAUUCUUUCACAUCGUAUUCGAAUUGCCAGCUCAAACUUUGGAAAGGUUGAUUUUUAAUCCAGCCUCUUGGAAUCGCGAAUCUGAAGAGAAGCUUAAUGAAAAGUGUGAAGAGAAGAUUAAUGAAAUAUGUGAAAAUAAAGAAGUUAAAGAUAAAAAUAUAUAAUUAUUUAUACAAAUAUUUUGCUUCUCUUUG